ACGCGCGCCUCCGCCCGCCCCAGGAGUAUACGCUCCGUUCAUCCUCGUCACUCCAGACAGGACUGAAGAUGUCGGACUCUGUGAAAGAGGAACCAAAAACAGCUGAUAACCGUCACAGGUCCAAAACCAUCCACGUUGCAGUCAGAAGCUCAGCGGAGAGCAGAGACUUCACUGUGAGAGGAGACUGCACCGUCAGACAGCUGAAAUGGGCCCUGUCGGAGCGACUGAGAGCCCCAGCAGAACAGCUGGUGCUGAUCCACUUCGGCAGGGUCCUCAGAGAGGCAGAACUAUUGAGUCACCUUAAAGAACAGAAUGGGUCAGUCAGCCUCUGCGUGAUCCGAAGGCCCCAGCCUUUAUGUUCUCAGGCCUCCAAUAAUUCAUCUUCAGAAACGUUCAAAUCAGAACAUACAGCUGUUCCUGACCCUGAUCCCACUUUAACACCAACACCAACUUCACCACGCUGCCUGGUAGAGGGAGUAGAAAGUAUUGACUUGGAAAACAAUGGGCCAGGUUUCUUCUCUGCAGUCCAGCUACAGAUGGAGAUGCGCCAUGUUCUGGGCAGCCCGUUUGUGCAGAGCAACCUCUCUAACUCCGGCCCUGAACUAACAAGACAGCUCAUUCUGUCUAAUCCCCAAAUUCAGCAGCCCCUGCAAACAAACCCUGAGGUACUGGAGCUUUUCAGGAACCCCGACAUGAUAGAGGAACUGAUGCAAAAUGAAGACAGAGCAUUAGACAAUUUGCCAUCAGAGCAGGGAAACCCCAAAAUCACCUCAGCUUCUUCCGGCAUCCUCCAGGAAAAACAGGCAAAAACACAGCAACGUAGUCUUAAACAGGAACAAAACAAAACUCCAGUAGUGUCCACUUCUUCUGGAAAUCCACUGACACUAGAGGCACAAAGCAAUCUAAUGCCGUCCCUCUCCAGUGACUCCGCAGAUCCUCUCAGAGAACUGACUGCCACUCCCAGAGCUGACCUUGGAUCUCAGAGCACUAUUACUGCAGGAAUGCAAUCACUGCUGGAGGAGAUCACAGCUAGUCCAGGUCUGAUGGAGAGUCUGCUGAGUGGACCGUAUGUCAGCAGUCUUCUGAACUGCCUCAGCCGAAACCCGGACUUGGCUGAACAGAUGUUACUGAGUCAUCCCCUGUUCUCAGGAAAUCCUCAGCUACAGCAGCAAAUGAGACAGCAGAUCCCUCUGUUUUUGCAACAGAUGCAGAGUCCAGAGCUGCUGUCUGCCAUGUUGAACCCCAGAGCAAUGAAGGCUCUUCUACAGAUCCAACAGGGCCUGCAGACUCUGGCUGCAGAGACUGUCUCCCUCACACCUGCAACUGGACUUGGAACCAGUGGUUCCAGUGAAGCCUCUGAUCUUCAUUGUGAAUCUACCCCAAACAACCAGCCAGGAACCAGGCUUCAGGCUGCCACAGUGACAGAGCAGCAACAGCAGUUUGUACACCAGAUGCUACAGGCAUUGGCUAACACCAACAGUGAGGUCCGUCAUGAGGAGGACGAGUUCAAGGAGGAGCUAGAGCAGCUGAACUCAAUGGGCUUCAGCGACCGUCGGGCAAACCUUGAGGCUCUCAUCAGCACAGGAGGAGACCUCUCCACUGCUAUACAACAUCUGCUGAGUCUCUGAGACACACACAAACACAAUUAUCUGUCCAUGAGUAGCUAAACAUGUGCUAACAUCUGUAUCUGAGCACCUGCACUCAUACAUUGCAGUGAUAAAUCAUCAUCAGUGAUUAUAAAGGGGUUUACAAAACAAAGGGAUUUGCAACACAUGUUAAUAUUACUGCUCUUUCAACUCAUAUUCAGUAAUUAACUUCUCAUAUUAAACUAUGAUUCAUUGGAGAUGUAGACAUCUAGAACAAAACUCAGAAACAGAUUAACAACUGAAAGAUGUCAUUAUCCAUUGUACAUGUAGACUGCUGCUGGGUAAAUAAUAACCCAAGUCUGUCAGAUCACUGGGAUGUUCAGUAGCAAUAGCUUUUAAUGAAUGAUACAACAGUUGUGUUGAGAGGAAAGAGAAAAAAAGCAGAUUAAACUUCACUGUCAAGUCUGCAGGGGCAUUUAAAUCCACUCUAUACUGUAGCCUUGUAGCAAUUGCACAGAUAUUCAAAAGCAAAACAUACAUUAUUCCUUUCCUGCUACCAAACUAUGAAGCUCAGGCCUCUUUUUACGUUGCCACCAGAUGGAGUUUAACACCCAGAGAUGUCCUGGAAGCAAACACGGGGUUCACAAGCUCCUUCUCAGACAGCAGAUUGAACAAGUACCACAGUAUGUUUGGUGCACCUGUCUCAACCACUACAGGCUGUAAAGAAGGCAAAACAAAUAUUUGAAAUGGACAGGAUGCCUAGCUUAUAUGUAAAAGUGUGUGUUUUAAUGUAAAA